UUCCCAACGACCUUUCAUCACAUUUUUCCUACCAACAUUCUCUCACACCAUCCCCUCUAAAACCGCCCUCUCAGCCUCUUUCUCCGGCCACCUCCGCCGGCGACAGACGGCGGUGAUCACGGCGGCGCUUCCUGUUUCCUCUUCAUCAUUUCCAUUUUCCGGCUGCUGAAGAAGUUUUUGUGUUCUUCGUCUAAAAUAAUUGGCUGAAUUUUCAACUGUAAAUUCGGGUUCACUUUUGUUUGAAGAUUAGUGAAAGGGAGAGAACAUGAGUUGCUUUGGCUGUUUUGGAGGAGAUGCAGCCCAUAGACAUUCAGACAAUGGAGGUGGUUAUAUUCCCAGAACUCUAGCAGGGAGAGAUGGAAAUUAUCAGUUAGUUGAUAAUGCACCUAGCAAGCCACCAGUGAAAGUUCAGCCUAUAGCUGUCCCUAAAAUUUCUGUGGAAGAACUAAGAGAAGUUACAGAGAACUAUGGUUCCAAUGCUUUAAUAGGGGAGGGCUCAUAUGGCAGAGUGUACUAUGGGGUGCUUAAAAAUGGGCGUGCAGCCGCUAUAAAAAAACUGGAUGCCAGCAAACAACCAGAUGACGAAUUUUUAGCUCAGGUUUCGAUGGUUUCAAGGCUAAAACAUGAAAAUUUUGUUGAAUUGCUUGGUUAUUGUGUUGAUGGUAACCUACGUAUUCUUGCAUAUGAGUUUGCAUCAAAUGGAUCUCUUCAUGACAUUCUUCACGGGAGGAAGGGUGUCAAAGGAGCACAACCUGGGCCUGUUCUGUCGUGGACACAACGUGUUAAAAUUGCAGUAGGUGCUGCUAGGGGACUUGAGUUUUUGCAUGAGAAAGCUGCUCCCCCCAUUUUUCACCGUGAUAUCAAGUCUAGUAAUAUACUGCUCUUUGAUGAUGAUGUUGCUAAGAUUGGUGAUUUUGACCUGUCAAAUCAAGCUCCAGAUAUGGCAGCACGACUUCAUUCGACAAGAGUUCUUGGAACUUUUGGUUACCAUGCACCUGAGUAUGCAAUGACGGGGCAGCUUAAUGCCAAGAGUGAUGUAUACAGUUUUGGCGUUGUCUUGCUUGAGCUUCUCACUGGUCGGAAGCCUGUUGAUCAUACCUUACCUCGUGGACAGCAAAGUCUGGUGACAUGGGCUACACCUAAACUCAGUGAAGACAAAGUCAAGCAGUGUGUUGAUCCGAGACUCAAUGGAGAGUAUCCUGCCAAAGCUGUUGCAAAGAUGGCUGCAGUUGCUGCAUUGUGUGUACAGUAUGAAUCUGAUUUUCGGCCAAACAUGAGCAUCGUUGUCAAGGCACUCCAACCUUUGUUAAAUGCUGCGCGGCAUGUUGCCAGCCAUGAUGUUCCAAGCUCAUGAACAUUUGAUCUCUCCUUCCCUGCCAUUUGUCCGUCUCAAUAUGUGGCUAUGGUUUUUGGUAAUGCAAAGUAUACAGAGACAUUAAUUUUCUGGACUAAAGAAAAAUUAUUUUAGCUUGUGCAGUGCUCACUUUUGGUUGAUAAGCUGUAAUUUUGGUUUGCUCAUAGUGUGGCUAUUGAUUUAUUUUGUGGUCUGGAUGUUGGUGUCGCAUUUUUCCAGCUCAUACACUUCGGUUGAAUGAAAUUAUAGCUGUUUAUCAUUGAAGUACA